AUGACAAAUUACAGAAGAGUUAGCGCGCAUUGCUAUGUUUUUGGCUUUUUUCUAUCGCUCGUUUCCGGUGUUUCUAACUCAUCGUCAAAACGCGGGCUUGCCUAUCAUGGUGACGACCACGCUUCCGACACCGAAAUAUUGCUGUCCGAAAAUUCAACAAUUUCGUGGUACUACACCUGGUCCCUGUGGCCUUCAGAUGCAGUAAACGAUACUGUUCCUUUUGUACCGUUGAUUCACGGUCUGGACGAUGCCUCGGACUCGGAGCUCGUGUCUCGCCUCGAUAACUUGCCCGCCUCCUCCACUCGCCUGCUCAGUUUUAACGAGCCUGACGGCGAGACUGAUACUGGAGGCAGCUCUAUCUCUGCCAAGGACGCUGCCAAAUCGUACAUGUCCAACAUCGCACCCCUGAGAAAAUCAACAAGUUCUCGGUCACGGAAGUGGGACAUCAGCUAUCCCUCUGUCACUGGCUCGACCAGAGGUCUUGAAUGGCUUCGCAGUUUCAACGACACUUGCUUCGACAUAUCUGAUGACGGCUGCCCCAUGGACUUUGUAGCUGUGCAUUGGUAUGGCGACUAUGUAGGCCUUGUGUCUUGGCUUGGGACACUCCGCGAAUUCUAUAACGAAACAUACCCCGACGUUCCUUACUGGAUCACCGAGAUGGCCUUACCGAAGCAAGAUGAAGAACAAACCCUUGCUAUGAUGAACGACAGUCUACGGUACUUGGACAAUCUCGAUUACGUUCAGGGCUAUGCGUGGUUCGGAGCAUUCCGUUCCGACGAAGCGAACGGAUGGACUGGUGACAGUGUGUCGCUUUUUGAUGAUAAGGGGGGCUUGACGGAACUCGGGGUCUUGUACCUAGGUGGUGAGGAGAGUGGGUUUGAGCAGGGCGAGUCUUUUGGUGUUCAGUGGUCCCCACCACGCACUCUCAUGCUGAGUCUUUUAGUGUUCGCGGUGGGCUUGAUGUUGUGAUGAAGAUUUUAU